GCUCUUUCAGUUACCCCCCUAGUUGGGAUUAAGCCCGACUCAUCGCUCUGUUAAUUAAAACCACCGUGUUUUCAUGUCACGUUGAACAAACUCAAGUUUAAUUCGAGGUAAAAUGAGCCCGAUACCCUCCCCUGUUCUCCCUGUUAGCCGCGAGAGAGGCUCGCUAGCUUAAACCGUGUUGUCGCGUUCGCCCCGUGGUUUACGGUGGCGAGCUGGAGUAGUGUUUCUGCGGCGAGGAGGAAAAAGCUAAAGCCUCUAACAUCGGCGAUCAGACUCUCAGCAUCUGCACCGAGAGACGAGCCUGGACGGAGCAGCGGGUCGAAGCACGUCCGGAUACAAGCGCACCUCUGCGUGAGAGCGAGAGUGAGGAGGAGGAGGAGGAAGAGAGAGGAAGGACUCAGAGCAGCCGCCAUAGCUGAAGAGUUCCUGCCCUAAUUUGGCCGUGAGGAAGAAACAUCAGUCUGCUACACGGCCCAACCAGAGCUCAUUGGUCAGAGGGACUUGGCAAACAUUCGAGCUGCAGAUCUCUAAGAUGCCCUAGGCCGGGAGAAGGGAAAUGUAAAUGGCUUCCAAAGUAAAAGAUGCUGUGGUGUGGUACCAGAAAAAGAUUGGCGCCUAUGACCAACAGAUUUGGGAGAAAUCGGUGGAACAAAGAGAAAUAAAGUUUAUAUCUCUGGGCUUGAGGAACAAGCCAAAGAAGACGGGACAUGUCAAACCAGAUCUCAUCGACGUGGACUUGGUCAGAGGGUCGGCGUUUGCCAAGGCCAAACCCGAGAGUCCGUGGACGUCGCUGACCAGGAAAGGCAUCGUCCGGGUCGUCUUCUUCCCGUUCUUUUACCGCUGGUGGAUCCAGGUCACGUCCAGAGCCAUUUAUCUUUUACUGUUGGUUCUUUAUUUACUGCAACUGGCAGCAGCAGCCCUGUAUGUGUCCAUCCCUCAGCCUCAUGGGAUCCCGACCACCGAGGUGUUCGGAGCCAUCUGGCUCAUGUUGCUGCUCGGCACCGUCCACUGUCAGAUCGUCUCCACCAGGACGCCGAAGCCCGCCUCCAGCAGCGGGGGGAAGAGACGCAGGUACACACAGGGGGAAGGAAAGAGGAAGUUGAGGAAGGCAUCUCAGAUGGAGGUGCAUAGGGAAGGCGACGGGUCUAGCACUACCGAUAACACACAGGAGGGGGCGGCACAGUCCCACUCAGCCAGCAGCCCCACAUACAGCCUGGGCACUCUCUUCCAAGAUUUCUGGCAUGAUAUCUGUAAAGCUGGAUCUAAGAAGUCCAAGCUCUCCAUCGACAAAUCUACCGAGACGGAUAACGGCUACGUGUCGCUGGACGGUCGUGUGACCAAUCGCAGCAGCGAGGAGGGACUUCAGCUCCACGAGCAGCGAUGUGAUUUGUUGAACAGGACAGACGAGGCGUGCUGGAACACUCUCGUCCAGCCGCCUCACGCAGCUCGCAGCACGGGUCUGAUGCUGCCCAGCGGCAACAAGGAGCCAGCAUCAGAUGAGGCGUCCAGCGAGGAGGACCCUGAAGCCUCCUACAGCGCCCUCCGCAGGGGGGUUGAAAGAAUGAACAGUGACUGUACGCUCAGAAACCGCAAGAGCACUCACCACUACAAGAAACACUACGCUGUGGAGGACGUCCCCAAGUCCGGCACCAGCUGCAGCUCCAGAUGUUCCAGUCUGAGGACUCAGGACUCGGAGAGCACUCGGCACGAGUCGGAGACGGAGGACCUGAUGUGGGAAGACUUCCUGCACUGUGCCGAGUGCAGAUCCUCGUGUACAUCAGAAACAGAGGGAGAAGGAGGAACACCCGUGUGCCCUCCUGCUAAGAAGGAAUACAGAGACGACCCUUUCCAUCAGGGUCACGUUCCGUGGCUGCACAGCUCCAACCCCGGCCUGGAGAGAGUGAGCGCUAUAGUGUGGGAGGGAAACGAGUGUAAGAAGGCCGACAUGUCCGUCCUGGAGAUCAGCGGCAUGAUCAUGAACAAGGUGAAUCUCUUCACACCUGGUAUUGGUUACCAGGUGUUUGGGAACCUGGUCUCAGUGACUCUUGGACUCACACCGUUUGCAUACAGACUGGCUCAGAACCGAGACUUUGAUCAGCUGACCGCGCUCUCAGCCAAUGAGCUUCUGUCUGUGGCACUGGGGGGCGGGUCUGGAUCAGACGCCAUGGUCAUCACCAUGGUAACGCUGAGCUUCCUGGUGCGCGUUUGCCUCACAUGGCUCUUCUUCUUCCUGCUCAGCGUAGCAGAGAGGACAUACAAACAGAGGCUCCUGUUCGCUAAGCUGUUUGGUCACCUGACGUCGGCCCGCAGAGCCAGGAAGUCAGAGGUUCCUCAUUUCAGACUGAAGAAGGUUCAGAACAUCAAGAUGUGGCUGUCGCUGCGCUCAUACCUCAAGAGACGGGGUCCUCAGCGCUCCGUGGACGUGAUUGUGUCGUCAGCCUUCCUGCUCACUUUGUCUGUCGUCUUCAUCUGCUGUGCUCAGUUGCUCCACGUCCACGGGACGUUCCUGGAGUGUCACUAUAACUGGGAGCUGGUGAUCUGGUGCUCCAGUCUGUCUCUGUUCCUGCUCCGGUUCGUCACGCUGGGCUCCGAGACCAGCAAGAAGUACAGCAACACCUCCAUCCUGCUCACUGAACAGAUCAACCUGUAUCUGAAGAUGGAGAAGAAGCCAAACAAGAAAGAGGAGCUGACCCUGGUCAACAAUGUGUUAAAACUGGCUACUAAACUACUCAAGGAGCUGGAUACUCCGUUCAGGUUGUACGGUUUGACCAUGAACCCUCUGCUCUACAACAUCACCCAGGUGGUCAUCCUGUCGGCCGUGUCAGGAGUCAUCUCGGACCUGUUAGGAUUUAACCUGAAGCUGUGGAAGAUCAAAUCGUGACAGAGAGAAGAGGAAGAGUGUCGACGUCACUGACUGAAAGACUGAGCGUCAGUCUCAACAUAUCGGAGCUCUGACCUUCAACGUUCUCACUUUGUGCAAUUCACAAACUAUUUAUUUACCCACUCAGUGUUUUUACUUAGGGUUUCUUUGAAUUCUAGUUUGUUUCCAUUUUUUUGUGUUUUAUCGCACAAAACGAUGCUAUAUUGUUUUACCCGUCAACACAAAGUAUUAUAAGCAUAAAUUAUUAUUAUUAUUGUUAUUGUGAUAGUUUAGGUUCUCCGCUGCAGUUUUCAUUUCAGCUUAUUUGCAAAUUUGAAGGUUAAGUUUUGAACUGCCGAACGGGCGAAAAUCUUUGUAUUGUCAUUUUUUGUGUUUUAUUUGCUGAAAGUUAUUUAUGUUGAGUGAGUUUCAGAACGAAACUUGAAGCUCUGUUAUUACCUUAAAAUCCGUUUUUAAAAAUACUAGUCCAGUGGUUUUCUUCUCAGUUGACUUUCUAAAGUUUAAAUACACGUAAAGUCUCUUAGACGGCAACCGAUGUAGUAAAUAAAACCUCAGUGUGUAUCAAGAUCAAACUACAAUUGAAGUUACUCUUAAUUAUCCUAAACUACAAAUUUAAAACCUGGUAUUCUGACAAAAGAAUGUGAGAAUUGUCAGUUUUUUUUUUUUAUUCCUCUGUAUCUGAAAAAUGUAUUUACAACUGCUCUCUGUUCACUGUUUAAACCAGCUCCCGGGUUUUAAAGCAUACAACAGUAUUGGAUGUUAACAUAAUUGUUUGGUAGGUUACUUUUUUUUUUUUUAUUUGCUGACUUACCUGAGAAAAUUGUUCCUGGUUUUGUUCUUACUUUGAAAAACCAGCCGACAUCAGCACUGCAAAGACACAAUCAUCCAGAUAAUGGAAAUAACAACAUGUGGAGUAGGUGACAUUGACUCUGGAGUGAGAGUUAAAAAACGUAUUAACACAGUCGAGGGUUUGCUGAAGGUCACUUCACUGCAGCAAGUUAAAUCCAAUCAAAUGCCCUUUUGUAUUUGUUUACUUUUUUCCUCUGACAGUAUUUCCAGCAACAUAUGAAGGUAAUAACUGAUCUGAUGUAGUUCAGGUUAUUUUCAUACACAGUUUGGUACAACAUGCAGGUAAUGAACGAGCUUCCAAACAGCUUCUUAAGUGGAGUUUGACGGUUGUUUACCUCAAGCUUUUUUUUUUAACUUCUGCUCAGAUUGAUCCUACCGGCUGAAACGAUGCAUAUUGACUUACUUCCUAACUUAAGUUUGUGGUUUUUAUUUUAUAUAGACAAUUAUCAGCUGCCUUUUACAUUAUAUUGUAAAAUAUAAAAACAUAAUUGGAAUAACAAGCCUGUUGAUUAAAAUAUUGAAACUUGGCUCUUUACAAAAUAACUUGUUUUGGCUGAUGCCGUUUUACUGUAAUUUCUCACUUUUAUUGACAAAUGAUGAAAAAUUACAAGAGUUUUAGCUCGAGAAUGUUGGGACAAUCUGAUUUGAUCUCAGUCAAAAUUUGAUUAUUUCGUAAAUUAAAAUGGGAAAUUCAUAUUUGCUAUCAAACUCCCAGAGCUACAUAUUCAUGAGCAUGGCGUGAGACAGUUCAUCCUCUGCCCGUCAUAGGCUCCUUCCCCUGCAGUUAAAACAUGAGCGUGAUUGAAGAUAUGCACUUUAGGAAAAACAAAACAGAUUUUAAAUGGAAGAAAAAUAAGUUUCAUCUCGUCUCAAUGUUAGAGAUUUCUUUUGUACCUCACCUGCUUGACACAGUUUGCAUUUGCUGUUCAAGCGAAUGCUAGCUGCGACCUUAAUAUUCACAUCGCUCUUGAAGUUCAUUCUACAUGGUACGUGAAGUUAUCAUGCUCGCAGAAAAUAUCUCACGUGAUUUAAAUGCUGACGUAAAUUGUUGCCUCAGUUAAUGUGUUAGCACGUUGCUAACUGAAACUAACGUCACUCGUUAAAAUGCUAGCAUAAUUAUCUUCAGUGUGUUUGAGGAGGAAGACCAAAGUGCUUAUUGUUUGUUUUUCUUAUUCUCUGCGGAAAAAGAAAGAAUGUAUUUGCAGCGUUAUGCUUUAAAAUCUGUUUCCCUUUGGAAAUUCUUCAAGUUGUAUUUUUGUUUUUCGUUUUGACCUUUCGCUCUUUGUUCUCUCACUUUUUCUUUUGUUAAGAUUGUUUGUCCCUAACGCUUGUUGAAACGAUACAUGUUUUGCCAUGUUUUUAAGGAACAAAGAAGUUUGACUUGUAUGUAUGAAAGGAAUCUAGGUAAAAAAAAAACUGUUGUGAUUCUGUUUACCUGAACAGAAGAUUUUUUUUUGUGAACCGGUCUGUCCACAAGGUCUACAUUUUUUAUAAGAAAAAUAAAAGAAACAGUUGUUGACUCA